AUGUCUUCCCCUGCCUCCUCUCGCCGUAGGGGUCGUCCGACCAAGGACACGACCACCUCGUCCCCCGCCCGGUCAACUCGUUCCACUCGGUCACAGCAACAGCAGCAGCCGCCUAGCAGUCCGACUCCCGGAGGAGGAGAUGAACUAUUACAGACAACUCCUCGUGCGUCUAGGCGCAUCAGGGGUGAAGCCGCCGUCCCGUCGUCGUCUCCCCUGUUCUUUCAAUCUUCGCCCACGAAAGGAAAUAAUAGCAAUGCCGAAACGCCAGACGCCCGAAUGGACGAACCCAGCUCGCCCAUCAGAGCCUCUUCAGCCAUGGAUGAAGGAGAAACGACUCCCCGAGGAAACGGUCCCACCAUGAGGGAUUCCUCCCCGAUUCGUUACAUGUCAAGCUCCAGUCCCACUCGUGCCCAUAGCCGCCAGCCCCGAUCCGAUAUCCCCAGUAGCAGCAGCGGCCUCUUCGUCUCGUCUCGGCCCUCUGCUGGUGGACGUGUCCACCAUCGCAGUGAUCUAGGGUUUGGAUCUACCCCUAGUCGCCGGCGUAGGGUGUUUGUCGAUGCGAACGGAAUGCCUUCUGCCGAUGCAGAGCCGCAGUCAGAUGCGACCUUCUCUAACCUCCAUCCCGGUACCUCGGAGGCUGAUGCCCUCGGUGGUAGUUCGUCCCGUGUGAUCUGGGGUACGAAUAUCUCCCUCCAGGACUCUAUGUCUGCUUUCAAAAACUUCAUUUACAACUUUGCAACCAAGUACCGCCUAUGGGCAGAAGGUGCGACAGAAGACGAAACCCGUCUUAUGGGUGAUACGGCGGAGGAGAAAGAAUAUAUCAACACCCUGAACACGAUGCGUCAACUCGGUGUCCGCAUUCUUACCCUUGAUACGAAAAACCUCAAAUCAUACCCGUCAACGCUGAAACUGUGGCAUCAAUUGCAUGCCUACCCUGCAGAAAUCAUUCCUUUGAUGGAUCAGACUAUCAAGGAUGUUAUGGUUGAGCUUGCCAUCAAGGAAGUUGAGCGCCUUCGAACCAAGAGCCAGCGAAACCAGACACAUUCUCGCGACUUGAGCUCCGCCCCUGCGGUCCCUAGCUCUGACGCCAUGGUCGAAACUGGUCAUAUGCCUCUGAAUGAGAUUCCUGAUCUUGUUGGCGAGGUAGAGACCAAGGUGUUCAAAGUUCUGCCGUUUGGACUUGAUUCAUCCGUGAACAUGCGUGAACUUGACCCCGCAGACAUGGACAAGUUGGUGAGCAUUAAGGGAUUGGUCAUCAGAGCUACUCCCAUCAUCCCAGAUAUGAAAGAAGCUUUCUUCCGCUGCCAAGUUUGCAAUCAUGGAGUUCAGGUUGACAUUGACCGAGGAAGGAUCGCGGAACCCACAAUUUGUCCUAGACAAGCGUGCAAGGAAAAAAACUCGAUGGAGCUUAUUCACAAUCGCUGCGUGUUCUCCGACAAACAGGUUAUCAAACUUCAGGAGACCCCUGAUAGCAUCCCCGACGGUCAAACGCCGCACUCGGUUUCCCUCUGCGUGUAUGAGGAACUGGUGGACAUGUGCAAGGCUGGUGAUCGAGUUGAAGUCACAGGUAUCUUCCGCAGCAACCCCGUUCGAAUCAACCCGCGUCAGCGCACCCAGAGGACACUCUUCAAAACCUACAUCGAUGUUGUGCACGUGCAAAAGAUUGACCGCAAAAAACUGGGCAUUGACGUGUCGACCGUCGAGGAAGACCUCUCUGAUCAAGCUGCCGUGGAUGCCGAGCAAACCCGCCAAGUUACAGCCGAAGAGGAAGAGCGGAUCAAGCGCACUGCUUCGCGACCCGACAUCUACGAGCUCUUGUCCCGGUCCUUGGCGCCUAGCGUCUACGAAAUGGACGACGUUAAGAAGGGAAUCUUGCUCCAGAUGUUUGGAGGAACCAACAAGUCGUUCGAGAAGGGCGGUAACCCUCGUUAUCGUGGCGAUAUUAACGUGCUUCUCUGUGGUGAUCCGUCGACAUCGAAGUCGCAGAUACUUCGGUAUGUCCACAAAAUCGCACCUCGCGGUGUUUAUACGAGCGGAAAGGGCUCCUCCGCCGUCGGUCUUACAGCCUACGUGACUCGCGAUCCCGAAACGCGCCAGAUGGUUCUUGAGUCGGGUGCCCUUGUGCUUUCUGAUGGCGGUGUUUGCUGCAUUGACGAAUUCGACAAGAUGAACGAAUCAACCCGUUCCGUCCUGCACGAAGUGAUGGAGCAGCAGACUGUGUCGAUCGCCAAGGCCGGUAUCAUCACAACCUUGAAUGCCCGAACCAGCAUUCUGGCUUCUGCCAACCCCAUUGGAAGCAGGUAUAACCCCAACCUGCCAGUGCCGCAGAAUAUCGACCUGCCCCCCACUCUCCUGUCUCGAUUUGACUUGGUCUACCUUGUGCUCGAUCGCGUGGAUGAACAAGAAGAUCGUCGUCUAGCAAAGCAUCUUGUCAACAUGUAUCUCGAGGACAGACCGGACAAUGCCAGUGAGCAAGAGAUUCUGCCCGUUGAAUUCCUUACGGCUUAUAUCACUUACGCCAAGAACAAGAUCCACCCAGUUUUGACGCCUGCCGCAGGCAAGGUCCUUUCUGAUGCCUAUGUCAACAUGCGUAAACUGGGAGACGACAUCCGCUCCGCUGACCGACGAAUUACUGCCACGACUCGUCAACUGGAGUCGAUGAUCCGACUGUCGGAGGCGCACGCUCGCAUGCGCUUGUCCCCCGAGGUGACCGCUGGCGACGUGGAAGAGGCGGUGCGUCUGAUCCGGUCGGCCAUCCAGCAGGCCGCCACGGACUCUCGCACCGGACUGAUUGACAUGGGCUUGUUGACGGAGGGUACCAGCGCCAGCGAGAGGCGUCAACGCGAGACUCUGAAGCGCAGCAUACUGUCGGCCGUCGACGAGGUUGGCAGCGGCGGUACAGCGCGCUGGGCGGAGGUCUUCCGGGUGCUGAACGAGCAAAACAACGCCUUGGACGGGACCCAGUUUACGGACGCAGUGCGGGCCCUGGAGACUGAGGGCCACGUGAAUGUGUUGGGCGACGGCGCGCGGAGAAGCAUUCGUCGCGUCGGGGGUGCGCUUGUCUGA